AUGUCAGGUGGACCAGUUCCAGUGUUCAAAAAGUACACUACGGGAUCCAAGGGGAUCUGGGAGAAAAUCAGACAGUUGCUCACUUUGGUUCCUAACCGUUCCACUGGUAAUCCAUUGGUAAAGAAUUACAGAGUUCCUCCUCCAGGAUCCCAAACCUUGAAGUACAAAGACCCAGUUACUAUCCCAGCUGGCGACAUAGUGAAAAACCAAUAUUAUGACAGAGAUCACAGAAGAAACUAUCCUCGUCUUGUUGCUUUCGAUCAGACUAAGGUUAGCGGCCUGUUGACUUUGGGAUCCGCUCAGAACCCUCGUAUUUCUGUUGGAGAAAAGGGCCAGAAGGAGCUUGCAGUAUUCGACCAGAGUGUGUCGUUGUCAUCAACUUUGGCUACGAUUGACCCCAAAGUUGUAAAAUCUGAACUUCUUGCUGAGGGAGGCUCUCCAGUGGUUGCUCCCAGUUUAAACAAAAAGAUGAAGUUUAGAUUGACGGAAGAAUCUGAGCAUGGUAUGUAUCCUGAGGACUACCCAAUCCGCAUUUUUGCUCAGAACUAG